AUGCAGGAUCCUGCUGAGUAUGCAAACACAUCUCUUCAGAUUGAGCUCCAGUCCUGUGAUACACUGAGGAGCCAGGCCUCUCGUGUUUUCCUGUAUGCCUUCCUCUCCGUUGGCAUCAUCUGCACAGUAGUUGGCAACUUCCUUGUGGUUUUAUCCAUCGCCUACUUUAAGCAGUUGCAGUCACCCACGAAUUCCUUCGUCAUGUCCCUGGCAGUGGCUGACUGUCUCGUUGGCCUGGUGGUGAUGCCAUAUAGUAUGAUUCGGACCAUAGAGGGAUGCUGGUAUUUUGGUGUCCUUUUUUGCAAGCUGCACUCUAGCCUAGAUGUUAUGCUCUGCACCGCCUCCAUAUUCCACCUCAGCUGCAUCGCCUUCGAUCGCUACUACGCUGUCUGCAACCCGCUAGUUUAUUCUUUAAAGAUGUCCCGAAAUCGAGUAGCUCUUCUUAUUGUUGUAUGUUGGGCUGUUCCCAUGCUCAUUUCCUUUGGCCCCAUAAUGCUAGAUCUCCAUAUUGCCGGUGUGGAUAUCCUGCUCCCGGACGAUGUAUGCGUGUUCUUGGUCAAUCGAAUAUACGCUGUCAUGGCUUCCUUGGUUGCCUUUUAUUUGCCGAUGGCUAUCAUGCUAAUAGCCUACUGGAAGAUCUUCAAAGCUGCCAAACGGCAGGCCAGGCAGAUCAGUGCCAUGGAAAGCCAGAUGGCUGCCGGAGUGGGCAAAGACUCAAGCAAGAAAAAGAGACACCGAAACACUAUGAGGAGGGAGAGGAAGGCAGCGAAAAUUCUAGGUAUCAUCAUGGGAGUUUUCCUAAUUUUCUGGAUGCCCUUCUUUACUGUCAACAUUGUGGACCCGUUCAUUGAGUACGGCACAGAGGUGGUUGUCUGGGAUAUAUUUCUGUGGCUGGGAUAUAUCAACUCAUCUCUAAAUCCCUUCUUGUAUGGUUUCUUUAACCGUUCCUUCCGUAGGGCAUUCCUCAUGUUCAUGGGCUGCAGGGUAUGCCUGCCUGGAUCCUCCCCCGGGAUGGAGCUAUCGCACACUCGAAAAGAAGCAAAUUAA